CCCAGAACUUAUCCUAGUUUCCCUCCCCUCUCUCGUCCACCUUGUGGUCUGCGUCCUGUUCCUUUCCUUUGUAAAGUGUAACACUCUCCUGCGCAUACUCGGUCGAAACCAUUCAGCUGGCCCCGCCACCUUCUAGAUAUUGCUUAUCUCUUCACGGGCUGACAGCUUCCGGAACCGAGCUCCCGCUAUCGGCCGACAUUAUUUACCCCCGUCUUCUCAUCCUAAACGCACAAAAACACCAUCUUGGAAAUGGUCGCAGACGCCCUAGUUUAUCACCCUGCCGUGGCGCAUUAUCUGCGCUUUGUUGCAACAACUGUUGGUCGCGAUAAAAUCCUCCGUACACUUCAAUACUUCUCCCGCUUCUAUGCCUGGUACCUGUACCGCACCAACCGCCCGCAGUCCGCCAUCGAUCCCUAUAAUGCCAUCAAGAAGCAAUUCGGAACCACGCGGAAGAUUCUCAGAAUCGGAAAGUUUGUUGAACACUUGAAGGCUGCCGCGCUCGCUUCCGACAACAAGAGCCCCAUCGACCCGGUACUUCGCUACCUUGCGGUCGGUCGGCAGCUUGGUUAUGCCGGAUACCUGUCUCUUGAUACCGUCACCGUCGUGGACGCGAUUGGUGUUCGCAAACUUGCUUCCGUGAAGAGACUGCAGGAUUCGGCCUAUAGGUCGUGGAUGGCCGGAUUGGUGUGCAGUGCUGUCGCUAGCCUGUACACCCUCUUCCGGCUAAGGGAGAAGGCGAAGACUCUUGAUUUGAAGGAAGGCGAGGGUGUCGUGGAGGCGAAGAAGCUUGAGAAGGAACGUUCUACGGCUCGUAUUCAGCUGGUCUCCGACCUGUGCGACCUGACUGUUCCUGUGUCUGCCCUUGGCCUCGCUACACUCGACGAUGGCCUCGUUGGUAUUGCAGGAAUGGUCAGCAGUUUGAUCGGUGUCUGGUCACAAUGGCGGAAGACUGCUUAGGCGGUCGAUGUUGGGUCUUCCCAUGCACAGAGGUUACCAAGUCAGCCUGGAGAUGAUGCCACGAUUUUACCGAGUUGCAAUGACUUGCUGGCGAGGAGCUUGCAUCCAAACUUCUUCAGGCUUCUCUAACCAUGGUCCGUGCUAGGAAGGGGUACGAAGCGAUAGGAAAUCUAUAGUUCAAUUUCGAACAUAUUGAAGGCCUGGGUGUCAUGAUUGAGGUGAAUCCCAGUCGAGUUUCUGACCUGCAAUGCAGGUACCUAUUUUUUCAACAAGUGUAGCCUAAGAUAUAUUCCCUGGUUUUCUGCGGUC